GCGCCUGUCCUGGUCACGCACUAGAGUUAGAGCUGGGGGCGGGGAGGGGGAUUUAAGGCUUGUGGGUAAUUACCGCCUUAGGAGGCGGUCAGCCUGAAGCUCUUCUUGGUGCGGGGUGGAAGUUUGUGGUCGACGAGGCGUGUUUUUCCCUUUGUAAGGUGUAGUUUAUAUUUGCUUACUUGACUGGAUCUACGCUUGAGGGGGCUUAGAAGGGGCUGAACCCACCCCUCUCCACACUCUUUGCCUCUCAUCUCUGAUCGUCCGGGUGGACCCACCUUGUUCCUGGCCAUAUGGCAUCACAUUGGCAACCCUCCAUUGAUACAGCCCCCAUUCUGGCCCAGGCUGAUGACACCGAGGAAGAGGAAAAGGAGGGCCUUCAGGCCGGGUGCAAAGGGGACGAAGAGGUACAGGUCCUCACUGGGGUUUCCUCUAACCAUGCUGUUCUCAUUGUGGUAGUCCUUUUCCUUGUCAACCUGCUGAACUACAUGGAUCGCUUCACUGUGGCUGGCGUUCUCCCUGACAUUGAGAAGUUUUUUGGGAUUGAUGACAGCAAAUCCGGACUCCUACAGACAGUUUUUAUUAGCAGUUACAUGGUAUUGGCACCAAUUUUUGGUUACCUGGGGGAUCGACAUAAUCGCAAAUACCUGAUGUGUGUUGGGAUCUUCUUCUGGUCAGUGGUGACUCUGGCAAGCAGCUACAUCCCCAAGGAGUGGUUCUCGUUGUUGCUGCUGACUCGAGGUCUGGUGGGUGUGGGAGAGGCCAGCUACUCAACCAUCGCCCCCACCAUUAUUGCAGAUCUGUUCGUAGGUGACCGGCGUUCCCGCAUGCUUAGCUUCUUCUACUUUGCCAUACCUGUGGGCAGUGGACUGGGAUACAUUGUGGGAUCAAAAGUGAAAGACUUGACCGGUGACUGGCAUUGGGCUUUGCGAGUGACUCCAGGCCUAGGGGCUCUUGUUUUGCUGUUGCUGGUAACUGUGGUGCGUGAGCCACCUCGGGGGGCUGUGGAGAGAUGCUCUGAUGUACCCUUGCAGAUUACUUCAUGGAGAGCUGACCUGCGGGCCUUGAGCCGCAACCGAAGUUUUGUGCUCUCAUCACUAGGCUUCACAGCUAUGGCCUUUGUAACAGGUGCCUUGGCUCUGUGGGCACCUGCGUUCCUCUACCGCUCGCGCCUGGCAGCUGGAAGCCUCCAGCCAUGCCCCCCAGGGAAAGUUUGCCGGGGUGAUCCUGAUAGCUUCAUCUUUGGCAUUAUCACUUGUGUGACUGGUGUGCUGGGUGUCACUGCCGGGGUGGAGAUUUCCCGGCGCUGGCAGCGCACCAACCCUCGCGCUGACCCCCUGGUGUGCGCAGGUGGGCUGCUUUUCUCUGCCCCCUUCCUGUUCCUGGCGGUGGUGUGCGCUCGGCAAAGCAUCGUUGCCACUUACGUGUUGAUUUUCAUUGGCGAGAUCUUCCUCUCCCUCAACUGGGCCAUAGUAGCUGACAUCGUUAUGUAUGUUGUCAUCCCUACUCGCCGUUCCACCGCUGAAGCUUUCCAAAUCCUGCUGUCGCAUCUCCUGGGUGAUGCUGGGAGCCCUUACCUCAUUGGUCUGAUCAGUGACCGAAUCCAGCGCGAUCGUUCCACGUCAUUCCUGUCACAGUUCCGAAGCCUUGAAUACGCACUAAUGGUCUGUGCUUUUGUGGCAGUGAUUGGUGGUGCCUUCUUUCUUGCCACGGCCUGCUUCAUCCAGGCAGACCGCAAGCGUGCCGAACAGUACAACCUAGGGCAGGUGCAGGAGUCACCCGAAGACGAAGACCGCAUUGUGGUUCCUCAGCGUGGGCGAUCGACAAAAGUCCCUGUCUCCAGCGUCCUGAUCUGAGGCUCACCCACACUCUGUCUCCUCUAAUCUGGGAAAGGAGAAUGGACUUCUGGGCGCUCUGCUCCAUUGCUACCGGAAGAUGAGGACUCUUGGAAUGGACUUAGGCAAAGGGCAGGGGGUCCUGUGAACGGCAGGGGGAAAUCACGAUUUGCUUGUAUUUGGGAUUUUUAUAAAACACUAACUUUAUUCAUC